AUUUACGCAAAAAAAUCACAAAUCUGAAUGAGUUUAAAAAUUAUAAAAAAAUGCUCAAAUAUUUUUUUAAGAAUUAUCAAAGAAAACUGGUGCAAGGUAGAUUUGAGCAUUAAUCUAUCAUAAAGUGCCCCAAAGUUGUAUCCUUACUUUAUGGCAAAUUUUUUUAUUAUGUCAUCUUUAACCCACAUUUUUUUAUCUCAACAAUUGAUACAAAAAAUUUAAAAUGUUAUUUCUAUUUUCAGAUCCUUUAAGCAGUGAUGGGAGUAAGGAAAUAUUUACCAGCAGGGAGGCGAGGAAGAAAGGUUUUGCCCCGCCCCCUAGUAGAGGGAGGGUGUGGCCAAGUGGCGGAGAGGGGCGGAGCCAAAGAUAGAAAAAGGGUGGAUAGAAUUCCUCAUUCACAAUGGAGGAAGGAGAACCAUGAAAUGUACAGAAGCGCGAGCCUAGCGAGAACAUUAAGUGAGCGUCUGCGUGGGGAGAGUGGUUGGUUGAUUACAGAAGUUGACCGCGCAGCUAGGCGGGCACAGCAAGAUACUAAUUACAGACUUGAAGAGAAACUGAAGGAAUCUAUAACUUGGCGAGGUGAACUCCAGGAUGAGUUGGACUUUUUAACUGGUGAAGUUGACCAGCUUAAAGACUCUGAAAACCAGCUGGUAGCCAGCCUCAAACAAACAAACAGACCCCUGAAGGUCACCACGUCCUGCCUACUAGCCAGGGAGGGACGGAGAGGUGCUGACCGUGUACGUGAUGGAGUAGAAGUAUGCCUGGAGAAGGAGCUGGAUACAAUACGGGAGCAGCAGAAGCUUAUCAGAGAUCUUAUCAAGCAGGCAGCAGUAUGUACUUCGAACCUGAAGAAGGCUCAAGCCACUCUGGAGGGAGAUUUAAGCAACAAGGACGCUGCUCUGGAUAUAGACCACAACUGCCAUAACCUGCACGGUAACAGCUCAGGACUGGAGCUACAUGGACGGAUAGAGCACGGAGGAGGAGAGGGAGAUACGGUUUCAUGGGCAGACAGAACUAGGAAGAAUAUUAUAUUCUCUCAAAAAAGUCGGUCUGCAAGUGAACGUUUACGAGCUGAAGCUGAACGAGUAUUGACUGCAGCAGCAAACUCCAUGGUGAAAGCAUGGAACAAAACUAACCAGGCAUUCUCAGUUCGUAUAUCUGAAUGCUCUGAUACUCAUGCCAAGCUUCAGGGUCAUCUUUCCCUUACAUUACAGGAACUGUAUGACCUGGAUAAGCAUAUCCGAAUGCUACAUAACGCCAUCAAGGCGAAGUCUUCGCCACUACGUCUGGCGCAGUCAAGACUUGAGUUAAGGACACAUCGACCGGAAAAAGAGGCAACUAAAGAUAAUCCACAGAUCAGUUUGGUCAACGAGGUUUAUGAACUACAAAGCCAGCUUGCUAGACUUAACACGAAGCUUGAUGAUGCUGAAGUAGCAAAAAUUAUAAAAUUCGACCAAUAA